AUGGCACGAUUGGUUGAUUUGAAAAAUUCCGAUUUAAAGAGUGAGCUUGAGGAAAGAGAGUGCGACACAGCUGGAAAGAAAGCAGAAUUACAGGAGCGGCUUCGUCUAGCACUGAUUGAGGAAUGUAAGGACCCGGAUAUUUUCAUUUUUACCGGUGCAGGGGAUAUUGGUUUGAUGCUGCAAAACCUUUCGACCAAGUUAGAACACAAGCUGAAGGAAAAUUGUGCCGAUCUUUUAGAAAACUCUACCAAGUUAGAAAAAAGGUUCGUGAAAAAUUAUGCCGAUCUUUUCGAAAACUCAGCCGAGCUAGAAAAAAAGGCUCGUGAAGAAUUGUACCAACAUAGAAGGAAAGCUCUUGGAAAAUUGUGCCGAUCUUUUAGAAAACUCAGCUAA